UAGCUCCCACUUAGCAAUCAAGUUACAUAAUCUACAAAAAGAAUUUGACAAGGCGAUUCAAAUGACAAAAAAGUCAUUCAAAUCAAGUGAUCUCCCUGUAAUCAUUGACUACCUCCAAACACAUGUAAUGUCUCUACUUGGCCCUAACAAAAAACUGCAAACAACUGCUGAAGCAGUUAAAGAAGAGUUUGAAUGCAUUGAAACAAAAUCAAAACUAUUCACUGCACUACAAGACAAAUACAUAUCAUGGUUCAACUAUAAACUAAUGAUAAAACUUGUUGGAGUAUGUCUACCAGAAAAUUUUUCGUUAAAAAGAUGUUGGUCAGAUUAUGAAGAGAAGUUAAAGGAUUAUUUUAUAAACAGUGGUGGACUAUUGAAAAAUGCUGAUGCUGUACAGUUUGGUGUAAAAGGUGUUCCUCCUGGUACACGAGUAAUGAUUGCUAAAGUUGACAGAGAUGACUACACACUGGAUGACAUAUUCUUCUUUGGUAGAGCAAUACCAAAAGGUUUGGAUAUUCCUAAAUAUGAUCUUCACUUCAGAUUCAUUCACUUGAAUUCCCUCUGUUUGGAAUAUCUUAUUCCUGAGUAUCUUUAUUCUUUAUUAUUUCCUCUAACUACAAAGCUACAGCAACAGUUAGCUAGUAUUGGUAUCACUGAACUAACAUGUGGUGAAAAUAAAUAUGAUCUAAGAGAGUUCUCAAUAGAAGAGGUUAAGUACUCAUCUACUGAUAUUGGUGCUUCUUUAUCAUUGUUAGCUUGUCAAAGUGGAGAGUUAGCAUUAGUCCACAAGCUUGAAUCAUUAAACCUCUUCUUAAAAUAUUCCUCUGAUUUUUAUGGACUCAACAUAUUGCAUUACUCCUCUAUGAGUAAUAAUGUUGAUCUUUUUAAAUAUCUUGUAAAUCGAUUUCAAUUAUUUAUUGGUGUGAAAGAUAGAGAUAAUAGGACACCACUUCAUAUUGCUUCGUGGUAUGGUUCAUCAAUAGUUGUUGAGUAUAUUUAUAAUCUCAAUGCUAAUGAUACUGAUUAUAAUGGUCGUACACCAUUAGUCUACUCCUGCUUGUCUGGUAGUAUUAGAUCUGUUAAAUAUCUUCUUAAUAAUCAUAACAGUGAUCCUAAUAUCACUGAUGAUGAUGGCAUGACUUGUCUUCAUCAUUCUUGUCGUAAUGUUGAUAAGAGUGGUCUGACUGCUUUACAGUAUGCUUCAGUGUCUCUUAACUUAACUCUUGUUAAAAAAUUGAAAACUACCUCUAAGUUAGAUCCUCAUCAAGCUGACAGUAAUGGUAAGCUACCAAUUCAUUAUGCUGCUCAAUCUGGUGAUAUUUUACUACUGGAAUUAUAUGUGAAGGAUUACAAGUGUAGUCUGAGCCUAACAGAUAGCAACGGUUGGAAUAUAUUUCAUUUCUCGUCAUUCGAAGGUCACACUCACUUUAUCAAACAAAUCACGUCUCAGUAUCCUCAAUACAUUAGUUUACUACAUUCUACUGACAAUGAUUAUCAUAUUCCAUUGCAUUUAGCUUGUAAUAGUGGUAAUAUUCAAUUGGUCGCAUUUCUAAUUAAUGAUAUAAAUUGUGAUGUCAAUGCUAAGAAUACACGUGACAAUACAUGUGUCACAUUUGCCUGUUUCUCAGGUAAUCUUGAUUUAGUACAAAUAUUAAUACAACAGUAUAAACUUGAUCCUUUAGCUGUUGAUAAAUAUGGUUUCACAGCAUUGCAUGCAUCAGCACAGACCGGUCAUACUCAUAUACUGGAAUGGUACAGUCAGGAGUAUAGUGUGGAUAUUACUAAUCACACUGACAAUAACAAGUACACAUUAGCUCAUUCAGCUGCUUAUAAUGGUAAGCUACAUUGUCUACAGCAACUGAUCAACAAGUAUCAGUGUGAUGUUAAUGCCACUACUACUGAUACUGGUACUACAGUUCUUCAUAAAGCAUGUGAAGGAGGCCAUGUUCCUGUUGUAUUUUAUCUCACUAGUCUUCCUCUGUGUAAUGUAGCAGCUAAGACUUCUAAUGGAUCGACAGUUCUUCACAUUACCUGUGAGUACAGUGACUCUCUUCCUAUACUCAAGCAUCUGGUAGAGAAUCAUCAAUUAGAUUUGUGUGCUGUGAAUGAUGAGGGAAUGGCUCCUAUUCACUUAGCAUGUAGUGAGGGAAGAUUGAACUUGAUCAAGUACAUUAUAGAACACAUACCAUCAUCACUUGAACUACCUCACGGUAAGCAUGGUCGUACUCCAUUCCUUAUUGCAGUGUACUUUAGCCAGUUAGAAGUUAUCAAAUAUCUUAUUAGUAAGAAGUGUAACGUAUCAGCUACUGAUGAUGAAGGGUCUGGAGCAGUUCACAUAUCUGUAGAAGGUCACUUGAAUGUAUUGAAGUAUCUCAUUGAUAACAAUUACUGUAAUCCUAAUGCAACCAAUUAUCAAGACCGUACACCACUGCAUGCUGCUGUAGCAGCUAAUGAAUUUGAAAUAUUAGAAUAUUUACUGAGUAAGAGUAAACCCUCAAUGAGUGUUGCCUGGUUACGUGGGAUGAAGUGUUUAUUAGACAGUCCUCAUCACAUAUACAAUAAUCCACAUAAUGCUGUACUUAUUAAUGUACAAGAUAAAGAUGGUAAUACACCAUUGCAUCUUGCUUGUCAGAAAAAAAAACAGAAGAUGGUAUCACUAUUACUAAAAGCCAGUCUGUCUAACAAUAACUUAUUAAUUACUAACAAGAAAGGACAGACACCAUUACACUUAGCAGUUGCCUCUGGUCAUAAGGAUACCGCUGAAGCUUUACUGUUCUCAGUCACUGGUAGUUCUACUCAUCAUGAUCUCCUUACAGCUACUGAUAAUGAAGGAUCUACUGUGUUUUAUACAGCUUGCAGUCAUGGCUAUAUUGAUGUGUUUUGCUAUUUAUCCAAUAUUUAUCCUCAAUGUGUUAAUGUAAUGGAUAAUACAGGACGUGGUUUACUUCAUGCAGCAUGUGAGAGAGGAGAUAUUGGAGUAGUAAGAACACUAAUUGAGACACAUGGACUGGAUCCUUUAGCAGAAGAUGAAGAUGGCAUCACCUGCUUACACUUACUAGCAGAGAGAAAGAGAGUUUAUAUGUACCAGUAUUUGGAACCAAACAUUGUCUCCAAUCCAGUACCUAAGGACAAGUCUGGUCGUACUCCUCUUCAUUAUGCUUCUCGUUCUGAUAAUAUUGAUAUGGUACAUUAUCUCAUAGAGACCUUCCCCUGUACUCCUGAUGAUCCUGAUAAUAAUGGAUACACUUCAGUUCAUGGAGCAUGUGAAGCUGGUAGUAUGGAGUUAGUACAAUACUUUUUAACUGAUCUCAAAUGUAAUGCACUAGCUGAAACUGACGAUUGUAAAAGUCUAUUUUAUUUUGCUAGUAAGAGUUCUAAUUUAGAGCUUGUUUGGUUUUUAAUUAACGCAUUUGGUUUAAAACCUCGUCCACUUGUGAUGUUGAAAUAGCUUAAUCAGUUAAUCCUGAUUCAUUAGUAGUUAACAUUUUAAUUUUUUUUGGAGCAAAACAAAGUUGGCAUAGAUGUUAUGAAAAACCCAAAAGGCACACAGAUUGACUAACAAGGACAAGAUUAUUAUUGUAAACACCGUUGUACUUAUCAUCAUCUUACCAUCUAAGUCAA